CGCCGCGCUCGCCUCCGCUCGGUUUCGGUGCCGCGCUGGUCCCCCCGGGCUCCCUGCCCGGCCGUGCCGUGCCGGGGCUGGGCGCGGGUGGGUCCGCUCUGCCGCUUUCCCCGCUUUGCCGUGCUCCAGCCCGGCGGGCGCUGGCCGGUGCCGGAUGUGCUGGCAUCUGGCUGAACCCCGGAGCCCUGGGAACACUGGCCGGGGCUCAGGCUGGGUUUGGCUUAGCAAAAUCUGAAUCACGUGCGAGAGCGACAGCGAAGCCAAGGGGAAGGAUUGGGACUGUUUCUCUGUUUACCCAUACGUGAAUGAUACUACGCAGUGUGCUUUUUCCCUACUUUUUCCCCCCAUUUAAAUUGUUUUUUUCCCCUCUGACAGACCUUUUCGUUUACAAAACGGUACAUAAAGGCUUCUGCAGUUUCAAGGUGUCCUUUUUCAGUGCUUGUUUUUGUUUUGUUUUACUUAAUAAUCAUGACUCUCAUGUCCCAGUCAGUUUCUGUUUUUUACUGGGUGACUUUUGAGGGCAUUUAAGGCUUUUUCUGUGUGUGUCACUAGCUUGUAUAACUAUUGAGUUUUGCCAUUCUUUCUUUUUUAGAAAUGAAGAGAGUGUCUUACAUUAGAACAAAAAACUUCUGCAGUUGAGCUAACUUGUAUCAUGUCAAUCAGUUCGAUCAGGUCAAUUCUUGUUUACUAGUUAAUCUGUAUUCUUAAAAACUUCAUCUUAGACAUUCCAAUCCUCAAUAUCCCUUGUAAACCAAGAAUUUUUAUUAAAAAAAAUUCCUUAAAACCAACAACAUUUUUGAUCUUUUUCGUAUCACAGAGAAAGAUGAAGGAAGGCGAAAUGCUGCGUUUGUUUUUUUUUUGUCAGAGGGCAAGGUUAUGCUCUUUUUGCCCACGCCCUCUUCCUUUCCAAACAAGCAGAGCACGUGCGGCCGGGGGAUUUGUUCUGUGCCUCAGGGUAACCCCACACCGCCUUAUCUCCCAUCACACAACACCCGCACUGGCCCAGCCUCAGCGGCAGCUCCAGGCCUGGGCACAGCACUGUUCCCGUGCUGGUUUGGGCUCUGGGGGCUCGGCUCGCGGUGACAGCGCGGUGCUGCCGGCCCGGCCCGGCCCUUGCCAGCGCCUCCCCUUCUCCCCUCACAGGCGUCAGCGCUCCCGCCUCGCCCGCUGCUGGCAGCGGUGGCCACGGGCUGGACGUCGCCUCCCGGCAGCUGCAGAAGCCCAGCGCAGCCUCAGACCGUUGCACUGAGAAGGAGAACCUCUGCAAGUUUUUCUCAAUGACUCUAUAGCCAACUGAUGUAACAAUGGUACUAAUAUUGGGACGCAGACUGAAUAGAGAGGAGAGCGGGAUUCGAGAUUCCCCUGCAACCAAGCGGAAAGUUUUUGAAAUGGACCCAAAAUCGUUGUCAGGCCCUGAGUUUUUCGACUUCUCCUCGGGAUCAUCCCACGCAGAAAGCAUUCUCCAGAUCUUCAAUGAAUUCCGAGACAGCCGGCUGUUCACGGACGUCAUCAUCUGCGUGGAGGGCCGCGAGUUCCCGUGCCACCGCGCCGUGCUCUCGGCCUGCAGCAGCUACUUCAGAGCCAUGUUCUGCAACGACCACAGGGAGAGCAGGGAGAUGCUGGUGGAGAUCAACGGCAUCUUUGCCGAAGCCAUGGAUUGCUUUUUGCAGUACGUGUACACGGGCAAGGUGAAAAUCACGACGGAGAACGUGCAGUAUCUCUUCGAGACGUCGAGUCUGUUCCAGAUCAGCGUCCUGCGCGACGCCUGCGCCAAGUUCCUGGAGGAGCAGCUGGAUCCUUGCAACUGCCUGGGCAUCCAGCGCUUCGCAGACACGCACUCGCUCAAGACGCUGUUCACCAAGUGCAGGAACUUCGCGCUGCAGACCUUUGAGGAUGUGUCCCAGCACGAAGAGUUCCUGGAGCUGGGGAAGGACGAGCUUAUCGAUUACAUCUGCAGCGACGAGCUGGUGAUCAGCAAGGAGGAGAUGGUGUUCGAGGCCGUGAUGCGCUGGGUGUACCGCGCGGUCGAGCUGCGCCGGCCCGUGCUCCACGAGCUCCUGACGCACGUCAGGCUCCCGCUCCUGCACCCCAACUACUUUGUUCAGACUGUGGAAGUGGACCAGCUGAUUCAGAAUUCCCCAGAGUGCUAUCAGCUGCUGCACGAAGCCAGGCGAUACCACAUCCUUGGAAACGAGAUGAUGUCUCCCAGAACUAGGCCACGCAGAUCAACGGGUUAUUCUGAGGUGAUAGUUGUUGUUGGAGGCUGUGAACGAGUUGGAGGGUUUAAUUUGCCAUACACGGAGUGCUAUGAUCCUGUGACAGGAGAGUGGAAGUCACUGGCUAAGCUUCCAGAGUUUACCAAGUCUGAGUAUGCCGUGUGUGCUCUGCGGAAUGAUAUUCUUGUUUCAGGUGGAAGAAUCAAUAGCCGGGAUGUCUGGAUUUAUAACUCUCAACUUAACAUUUGGAUCAGAGUUGCCUCCUUAAAUAAAGGCAGAUGGAGACAUAAAAUGGCUGUUCUUCUGGGUAAAGUGUACGUGGUGGGAGGAUACGAUGGGCAGAACCGGCUGAGCAGCGUGGAGUGCUACGACUCCUUCUCCAACCGCUGGACUGAGGUGGCUCCCCUGAAGGAGGCUGUGAGCUCCCCCGCUGUCACCAGCUGUGUUGGCAAGCUCUUUGUCAUCGGGGGUGGCCCUGAUGACAACACCUGUUCUGACAAGGUUCAGUCUUAUGAUCCUGAUACCAAUUCCUGGUUGCUCCGUGCCACCAUCCCCAUUGCCAAGAGAUGCAUCACGGCCGUGUCCCUGAACAACCUGAUCUACGUUGCUGGCGGGCUCACCAAAGCCAUUUACUGCUAUGACCCCAUUGAGGACUACUGGAUGCAUGUACAGAAUACAUUCAGCAGACAGGAGAACUGUGGCAUGUCUGUGUGUAAUGGAAAAAUCUAUAUCCUUGGUGGAAGACGGGAAAACGGUGAAGCCACAGACACUAUUCUUUGUUAUGACCCUGCAACGGGCAUUAUCACAGGAGUGGCAGCCAUGCCCAGGCCAGUAUCGUAUCAUGGCUGUGUGACCAUUCAUAGAUAUAAUGAAAAAGGCUUUAAACUGUAACUUUUCUUGAAAAAAGAAGAAGAAUGAAUCCAGUGGUCUGCUGCAAGACAGGCUUUUUAAAGAUUCCUGAAGUGGGAAUUCCCUGCCUAAGUGUCAUGAAAAUUAUAUCCUGUGCCUUUAGAAAAAGGGUUAAUUUAACUUACCAAACAAGUCUACAAACCUAUCCAGUAACCAGAGUUCAGAUAUAUCUGCUGUGGGCUCUGAUAUGAGAGCAGGACGUUGUACAGUGGUUGGAAAGUUUGCCCUAUGUGUCAUUAGUAAUGAAAACCUUGAAAGCUUUUUGGGGAAAGUGCCUUCAGCAUUUGUGCCUGUGUCUUUAAAAGCAAUAUCUUCAAGGUGUUUCCAGUUCUGCUAAUGGGAAGAAUGCAUAGGCAGGUAAAUCCCAAAGAAUCAUUCUGGAUCAUUAUCUGCAAUUUAAAAAGCUCAAUUAUAAUUCCUAUGCAUCGUUCUUAAAAGCAGAUUACUUGGCUUAACCAAGUAGAUUUUUUUGGUCAGAUCAUGCAUGGGUUGAAAUAAAAAAAAAAAGAAAACGACAACACAAAGAACCAAAGCAAAACCAAAACACCAACAAAACAAGCUACAUUGGACAAAUAAGAGAACCUCUGAGAAAUGCUUUCUUCUGAAGGACAAACUGGGUGUUUGGUGAGCCACUACAACACACUGCAGUGAUGCUUGUAUACUUUAACCCUGUGGAACUUAGUCAUAGUGCUUAUAAAUGUCCAGCAAAGAAAUACAAGGCUACAUGACAUGGAAAACCAGUGGGUUCAGGCAUGCACCUGUGAGGCAAAGUUUGAAUCACAGUUUUUACCUUUUUGAAUAGUGUGGGUGAAGGCUGAGAGUUACUGGGUUCACUCUGCUCACUGCAGUGUCUAAACUAUUGAGGAAAUAAAAGGAUGUUGAGCUCUGGAUUCUCUGUUUUCUGAAUCACAUUAUAAAUUACCUGAUGAUAGAGGUGGGACUUGAGUUUGUGCCCUACAGCUUAUAAAUUGGUGUUUUGGAUGUCUCAUCUGCAGAGAUGGCAGAGUAUCCAGCAAGUAUUUCUUGGCCUUUCUUCAGACAAUCACUUACUGUAGCACAGUUAAACUACUGAAUAAGCUGCUUGGCCAUAGAUAAAGAAGUUCUGGGAAGGUUCCUCCAUUCACCAGAAAAAUAUCUGUGGACCUGUCCAUGUAGCCGUAUGAUGUGUUUUGGUAAUUUUGAAGCCUAGGAAGCACCUGUAUUUUGAUGCACCACCAUUAUUGGGUUGGGGUUUUUUCAGUAAAGGUAUUUUUGAAGUCCUCCCUAGAUUUCUGUACUAGGACUCCUUAUUUCCAGUACAUAGUUGUACAGUUGAGGCACAAAGAUCAUAAAAACUGAAAUAGCACUUGGGAGUUGGAAAAUGAAUAGGAUUGUCUGUGUACCAAUUUCCUGUAAAUCACCAAAAACCUCAGGAACUGCCUUUCAAAGGAAUUCUGAGGACAGCAGCCAGUAAGGAAAUCGGUCGGUGCCAGGGCAGAAAAACCCCAUAAAACGCCUGCAGAGCCAGCCCUGGCCUCGGGGUUCUGGUCUCUGUGCUUGCUCAGGAGGGUGAAAACAAGCACCAUCUCUGGAACGUUGUUUGUUCCACUGGACUUUCCUCAUCUGUUUUCCCAGAGUAUUUCUUCAUGAGAUGGAAAUUCUGACCCUCAGUGAAGCUGUGCCAAACUGGGAGUCACCAUUUUCAGUAACAUGGUCAUGAGUUUUAAAGAGCACUGGGAGCUGCACUUUGGGAUGCAUUAACUUGUAACCUCAGGAAAGGACACAAAUUUCAGUUUCUGGCUGAAUACCAAACACUGCUUUUGAUAUGGUAAGAAUGCUGAUAAAAUACAAAUCAUUGCAUAUCAGUGAUGUAAUCAGGAGGUCAGACCCUGAGCAUUCACAUUGCCCUAAAAAGAAAAUCCUUUGAUAUAAUGUAAGACAAAUGAAUCAGAUAAAUUAAUCCUUUUCUAAGUUUCAUCUGUUUUGCUCACCAAGUUUUACUUUGAAAUGGCAAUUUCAGUACCUGUGAAUAAGGUCUGUUGAUUGCAGUGGUAAUUGCCCUGUAAUUGAUUUUAUUGUACUAACGGCGUAUAUAGCUUGUGCCAUCUUUGUAAAUAAAAAUGACAGACUAUAGGAGCACUUCAUUAGAGAUGCAAUUUGAAAAAUAUCCUCCUUUCCUUUGAUUUCCUCUUCUUUGUAUUCAGACUUGUAACAUUGUCAUGCUAUACUGUUUUUAAACAGUGCUUAUUCUGUAGGUAUAGAACAGUGUCAUUUAAUCUGUGUUUAUAAUACUGCACUACUCUGUAAAUAACAAGAUACUGCUUUCCAAGGUUUUUAAGACUAAUUUUAUAGUUUAUUGGUCUUUUCUUAACAAUUUAUGUACUGUUACUGUUACCUGUUUUUGAAAAUGACAGUGUUUAAUGAACCAGUAAAUGCAGAAAUGUAGAUGCAGAAAACUGCUUACAGUUCUUCAGAAUCUGUAUCAAAGCUGAACAGUUACAGUGUGGAGCACUGCCAAGUGGCAGUUACUGAAGCAAUGAUUUCUUUAAAACAGGCAGUGAGUGUUUCUUCUUGCUUGUUUACUCUGUAAAUAAUUUGCACUUAUGGCCUUCUCUGUUACAACAACUAUUUUUAGAUAUACUAGAAAAGAACGAUUUGACCUUGAUUUAAUGAAAAUGUACCAUUUUUCUAGAAGGAUGCAUUAAUUUGGAAGUUGCAUUCCUGAGCCACUUGUUCUCCAAUGCAUUUCACUUAGGUAUAAAUGGAUUCAAAGAUUUAACCUCUCACUCUUAUGCAUAUCCAGAUGCUUGCAGUUUAUGAGCUUGAGCAGCAAGUUGGUUUUAAUUUUUUCCUAUGUCUCAGCUAGGAGAGAAAGUUGUUAAUGUCAUCUGCUAUAAUCAAAUUAUUUCCAUCAUAAAUGGUAGUAGGUUUGGUAGCUGUAGAGCACCUGCACAAAGGUGUAACUUCAGCCCAGCCAUACACAGGAGGGCUCAAGCAUCUCCAAGUCACACCUAAAAAAUAAAUUCUACGAAUUGUCUUCACUCUGCUAAACAGAAAUGAGUAAAUACUUUUAUCUAUUUUGAUGUCCACUUCUGUUCUUAGCAGUGUGAUGUUGAUUGAAAAGGCAGUUGAUGCUUUCUUGCAGCCAGGCUUCUGGAGGGUUCUGAAUCACUUACUGAUCACUGCAGCACAUGCAGCCUCUAGCCCUUGGCUUGUGGCUGAAGCAUUCCCCUUCACAGCCAUCAGCCACAGAACAUUGCCUGCUCAUCUUGUAGCUGUAGACUCCCUCCUUGGGAGUGGUUGAGUUGGCACAAUUUGUGGAAUCUUUUCCAUUUUAUAUUGUGUCUGGUAGGCAUUUGGGGGAUUGGGCACUGUGCUUUCCCCUCCAGCACCAGAGGGGUCCAGACUGUACUGUUAUUUUUUUCUUUUGAUUGGCACCAAUCCAGUUCUCAUCAAAGGUAGCUUUGUUUAUACUCUGUUGAAGCAGAGAUGUUCAUGCAGUUUAUGUUGAUAUGGACCCUUAUCAUAAUUUAUGAAGAUUUUUAAAUAGUAUUUUUAACAUGGCAAAGUUUUGAGAGAGGCUGAUGAUGGAGGAGGAGGAAAUGUUCACCUGGACAGAUUCAGAGGAAGCUUUGGUCACCACUGCUUGAGGGCAAGGACGCUACUGCCUGUUCAGUUUCUUCCUCAGAACAGCUGAGUUCACCUCAUUAUCUUAGGCAAACACUUUGUUUGUCCUGUUUGUGUUUGACUUGCUGCAAGGACAGAACAAGAAGCAGGCCCACUCACUGCCUGUGACUUGAUGUUUGCCCUGCCCAAGGCACAGGGGGGCUGAUCAGCAGAGCCGAGCUGAGUCCAGCUCUGAAGAGCAGAGGCAGCAGAAGAGCAUUGGAGCAGGCUCAGAGAUGGCAGGAGGAGAGCCAGGGUGUUUGGGGGUUGCAGUUUGGCUGGGCUUGCUGAAACCAGGGUGUUCAUGAUGUUACUAAGUUUGCAAUUCCAGAUGCUGAAACUCAGGUGGAAAAAAUGUUUUCUAUUUGUCAACUCACGGAACUCAGCUGGAGCAAUAAAGAUGCAGAUAUGCUUAUGGUCUGCUAGUGGCAGUGCUCAGGAAAGCCAGGGGUUCAUUUUCUGAAUUGCCCAAAUAGGCAAGUAGCUGUGGAACCCCACAUUUACCAUUGAAGAUGGCAAAACCCAAUUCAAGAGCAUUAAGAAUCUCACAAGACUUGAUCAUUGUGAGGCACAACGAAUAUUUUCAUCUGAAUGUAGUCUCAUGUACACAAGAAAUUACAAAUGAAAUGAUUUGUUGUGCCUGGUUAAGAAAAUCUGAGCACCAUAUACUCAGAAAAGGAGCCCACAGGGUAAGAUGAAAUUUCUAAGCAGAAACCUGCUGUCUGGUUGGGGGCCAAGCAGUGCUUUGGGUUUUGUAGAAUAUGUUUAGCACACAAAUUUCCUCAGUAUGGAAUUAUUUCAGAUGGCAUUAAUUGAAAUGGAUAAUGGAUCACGAUUGUGUAACCAGCAGCCUCCCACCAGGCCCAGACCAGCUGUGGCUCUGUGUUCCCUGCUCGCUGCCUUUGUGUCACACACAGAUUCAUGAUAAUGUUACUAAGAACUGUAAGCUAUUUGCAAGAAUAUUUCUUUUUUUCUACUGUAGAGAUCCAGUCAGUGCUAGUAUGUUUAUGUGUGCACAUCUGUAUGUGAAUUAUUUUGUGAUCAUUCUCUGAUAGUGCUGUUACAAGUGAUGCACAUAAAGGCCCUGUGUACAACUUGUUAAUAGUGUAAUUAGGGUUUAGUUUGUAUGAUUAGCUCCAAAGAAAAUAAUGUAUGUUAAUUUUGAAAAAACCUGUGCCUUGAAUUCACCUAUAUUUUUAUCUAUUGUGAGGAAGAGCUUGGAUUACUCCUCCCAGUUUGUUACCUGUAUUAUGAUUGGUCUUACUGUCCAGACUGUUAAUGUCCUCCUAGGAGAAAUAAGUCUUGCCAUUCAUUAAUUAGCACAGUUAAACUUCUUGUUUAGAACAUGCCUAGAAUGCUUCCAUUAUUACAGUGCUAUGGCAGAUUUAAUCUUUAAUCUAGGGAAAUCAGUAUUUGUUUUUUUUUCUAUUUUUUGUUUCCAGCAAUGCCUCAGUGACAAAGGACUGAGUUUAGUCUUUGACUUCCUGUCCUUAACAUGUACAGUUUCUUGUAUUAGUCAGUAGCCUCUGAUAUUUCUGAACUCUCCGAAGUCAUCAACCUCUUGUUCAAGAUACAAAAUAUGAAGCAAUAAUAUGGUGCAGCAUGGCAAUAAGCAAAUCAAGAGACUUGAAUGUAAUGUACUGUUACUAAUUUCAUCUGUGUAAAUGCUGGACCUAUGAGUCAUUCUCCUUUUGGUGCACCUGUAGCACUUUGGAGUUGGAUUAAUAGGAACUACUUGGCCAUGGAAAGAGAGUUUACCUCCUGAACUGUUACUCAUGUGAUAUUUUCGCCUGAAAUCACAUCUUCAUUUUCCUUUUUUUGCCAAGGAAAGCAGCAGUUCUUGCUAUUCCUUGCCAGUUCCUUUCUUUACUGAAAUAUAAAAGCUGUAGUUCCACGGAGAGCUGAUCUUGCCCUCAAGAACAGCCUGGUGCAGCACAAAUGACAUUUGAACAGGAAAGCUCAGACCACUUACUGUGUGCCAGAGUCAACGUAAGGAUCUCACAUACAACAUAUAAGGUCUUCAGAUUGUGCUGACAGUAAAAAAGUGAUUUUGUAAUGUAGCACAACUGCAGUAACACCUGUUAUAUUUAAAUCUACUUCUUGCAUAAUUCUCUGAAAGUUUUUUAAAGUUCAGUGUAUCUAAUAAACAUUUGCCUUUUGAAUA